GUUAAAUGCAACCGGGUUCACCACAAUAAUGCACGGGUGUGCCACCGGGUCACCACAAGCUGAGGCAGUUAUUUGAGUAAAUAUUGAAGACAAAAGCAGGCAUGGAAGGGACACUCAGCAAGUGGACAAAUGUGAUGAAAGGCUGGCAAAUUCGCUGGUUUGUCUUGGAUGAGCGAGCUGGACUGUUUUCCUACUAUACAUCCAAAGAGAAGAUGAUGCGAAACACGAGGCGUGGCUGUGUGCGUCUGAAGGGCGCCAUCAUCGGCAUCGACGACGAGGACGAGACCCUGUUCACCAUCACCGUCGAUGGCAAAACGUUCCACCUGCAGGCGCGCGACGGUGACGAGCGCGACUGCUGGAUCCGCGCGCUCGAGAAUGCCAUCUCCCUGCUCACGCACAACAGUCACCGCAUCAAGCGCUGGGACCCGCACCAGCCGCUGCCCACCAUGGCCGACUUCGACCGGCAGCUGGUGGAGAGCGACGCCUACCUGCAGCUGAUGAUUCAGCAGGCGCAGGCGCUGGAGUUGCGCCAGGCGGCCAGCACGUCAGCCGCCGAGCGGGACCGGCUGGCCGCGCUCCGCGACAACGUCAACGCUAUGUUGGACGCGAUCAAACACACCAUCGUCCGACUGCAGAUAGCCAAGAACGAGGUGCAGCCGGUGGUGGGCGUGUACCAGCCGUGCAACGCGCCGCCCGAGCCACGCCCGGCAGCCGCCGAUGCCGUUCGCCGCACCAUCCGGGAAGCGGACGAGAACGCCCCGGGCCCGCUGCGCGACGCCGAGGUCAAGACGGGCGUCGAGUUCGGCGCUGAGGUGCGCGAGGACGAGCAGUCGGGCGCGCGCUCCGACCAGCUGGGCGAGCCGGCCAUCGGUCGUUUCGUGCAGGAGGUGCCGGAGACAUCGUACUCCAGCUCCGAGGACGAGGACUGGUUCGACACGGAGGACGCUGCUUCCAGUCACCAGCAGGCGCCCCAGUCGGCCGUCUCCAGCGCCGACUAUGAUGCCGCCUACGAGGAGGAGGAGGACGACCUCGGCUCGAUGGAGGGCCACGGCUCGGUGGUCAGCCACCUGCUGUCGCAGCUCCGCAUCGGCAUGGACCUGACGCGCGUCGUGCUGCCCACCUUCAUCCUGGAGCGGCGCUCACUGCUGGAGAUGUACGCCGACUUCUUCGCGCACCCCGACCUCUUCACCAGCAUCCCGGACUGUCCGACGCCCCGUGACCGGCUGGUUCAGGUGCUCAAAUGGUACCUGUCGGCCUUCCACGCCGGACGAAAAUCCGAGGUCGCCAAAAAGCCGUACAACCCCAUCAUCGGCGAGACGUUCAGGUGCGUGUUCGACAUUCCCGGCCAGCCGGCGUCGGAGACGGACUCACUGGUGCCGGACGGUCCCGUGCCCUGGGGCAGCGAGCACCAGGUGUGCUUCGUGGCCGAGCAGGUGUCUCACCAUCCGCCAGUGUCAGCCUUCUACGCCGAGCACUACGGCCGGCGCGUGUCGUUCUGCGGCCACAUCUGGACCAAGUCCAAGUUCCUGGGCCUCAGUAUCGGCGUGCACAACAUCGGCCAGGGCUGUGUCUCCCUGCUCGACCUGGACGAGGAGUACCUCCUGUCAUUCCCCAGCGGAUACGGCAGGUCGAUCCUGGGCGUGCCGUGGGUGGAGCUGGGCGGCGCCGUUACCAUCUCCUGCAGUAAGACCGGCUACUUCGCUAACGUCGAAUUUCUCACCAAGCCGUUCUACGGCGGCAAGAAGCACCGCAUCGUGGCUGAGGCGUUCGAGCCGGGCGCCAAGAAGCCGUUCCUGCGUGUGGAGGGCGCCUGGAACGGCGUCAUGCAGAUCAAACAGGACGCAGGCGAGCCGACGACUUUUGUGAACACGCACACGGCGCCGCUGGUGAACAAGCAGGUGAAGCCGAUCGCCGAGCAGGCCGAGUACGAGUCGCGCCGGCUCUGGAAGGACGUCACCUACAACCUCAAGCACGGCAACAUCGACGCCGCCACCGAUGCCAAGUGUUUCCUCGAGCAGCGCCAGAGAGACGAGGCCAAGCAGAGGAAGGCUGCCGCUCUCCAGUGGGAGACCAAGCUGUUCCACAAGUUCGAUGAGAACUGGAUCUACGACAGUCCGCUGCAGCGGCGGCUUGGCACCGCCGCCGGCGCCGGCGGCAGCGGC